AUGUGCCACCCUCCUGCGCCCCCGCACCUGUCACCGACCUCCCCCCCCUUCCUCCCAGGCUUCGACGGCCGCAUCGGCACCAACUUCCUGACGACCCUGGUCAAGUUCACGGGGCUCUACGUGGACCCCUGGGUGCGCGCGCUGCAGACCAGCGAGUUCAGGAGCGCUGACCGCCUGGAGCUGGUGACCCUCUUUAAGUACCUGGAGUUCUGCCUGGAGCAGGUGGUGAAGGACAACGAGCUGGGCGCGCUCACUGAGGCGCUGGACGGCCAGUACACCGAGCCCGGCCCCGGUGGCGACCCCAUCCGCAACCCCUCUGUGCUGCCCACCGGCAAGAACAUCCACGCCCUGGACCCCCAGUCCAUCCCCACCCAGGCCGCCCUGAAGAGCGCGCGCCUGAUCGUGGACCGCCUGCUGGAGCGCGAGAAGGACAACAACGGCGGCAAGUGGCCCGAGACCAUCGCCCUGGUGCUGUGGGGCACCGACAACAUCAAGACCUAUGGCGAGAGCCUGGCGCAGGUGAUGAUGAUGGUGGGCGUGAAGCCCGUGGCCGACAGCCUGGGCCGCGUGAACAAGCUGGAGGUGAUCCCCCUGGAGGAGCUGGGCCGCCCCCGCGUGGACGUCGUGGUCAACUGCUCCGGCGUGUUCCGCGACCUCUUCGUCAACCAGAUGCUGCUGCUCGACAGGGCCAUCAAGAUGGCGGCCGAGCAGGACGAGCCCGACGAGAUGAACUUUGUGCGCAAGCACGCCAAGCAGCAGGCCGCGGAGAUGGGCAUGAACCUGCGCGACGCGGCGACGCGCGUGUUCAGCAACAGCAGCGGCUCCUACAGCAGCAACGUCAACCUGGCGGUCGAGAACAGCUCCUGGAGCGACGAGAGCCAGCUGCAGGAGAUGUACCUCAAGCGCAAGUCCUUCGCUUUCAACAGCGACCGCCCCGGCGCCGGCGGCGAGGAGGGGCGCGACAUCUUUGAGCGCGCUCUCAAGACGGUGGACGUGACGUUCCAGAACCUGGACAGCAGUGAGAUCAGCCUCACCGACGUCAGCCACUACUUUGACAGCGACCCCACCAAGCUGGUGCAGGGCCUGCGCACGGACGGCAAGGCGCCCUCCUCCUACAUCGCCGACACCACCACCGCCAACGCGCAGGUGCGCACCCUGGGCGAGACGGUGCGCCUGGACGCGCGCACCAAGCUGCUCAACCCCAAGUGGUACGAGGGCAUGAUGUCCUCCGGCUACGAGGGCGUGCGCGAGAUCCAGAAGCGCCUGACCAACACCAUGGGCUGGAGCGCGACCAGCGGCCAGGUGGACAACUGGGUGUACGACGAGGCCAACUCGACGUUCAUUGAGGACCCCGAGAUGGCGGCGCGCCUCAUGGAGGCGAACCCCAACAGCUUCCGCAAGCUGGUGGCCACCUUCCUGGAGGCCAACGGCCGCGGCUACUGGGAGGCCGACCCUGAGAAGAUUGAGAGGCUGCGCCAGCUCUACAUGGACGUUGAGGACAAGAUCGAGGGUGUGGAGUAA